AUGAAUGAAUCAUCAUUACGUCGUGUAGAAUUUAAUCAUGAAAAUACACUUCAUGAACUUUUUGUUUCUUCAAAUGAUCUAUCUUUAAUUGAAUUAAAACGAACUAAUACACUAUCUUGGUCGAUGGCAUUUGGUAGAUAUCUUAAAACAAUUCGAAUAAAUUCUCAUCCAAUAUGUUCGAAUUCUUCUCUUUAUGAAUUUAUUAAAAAAAUCUUAAAUGAAAAUCUUUGCAUAAAUCGUGGAUUACUUUUAAUUCUUAAACAAUGUGUUUAUCUAUAUCCAACUAAACUUCUUCAUCUAUCAUUUCAACAUCAUUUAACAACUUGUCUAACAAAUUUAACAGAUUCUUACCUUAAAUAUAAAUAUAUUCGUCUACUACGUUUAAUAAUUAAUGAAAUUGAAGAAAAAUAUCUUUCAAAAAUUCUUCCAUUAACCAACAAUAUUCUUGAUAAUUAUCAACAACUUGAUAUAUUAAUUAUUAUUGUCUUAGAAAAAUUAGUUUUAAUUAAUUCCGAUGUCCAACUUCAAUUAAUAUUAAAUCAAAAAUAUAAUCAAACAUUAAUUGAAUAUUUCAAAUUACAUGAUUUCGAUGAUGAUGAACUUAUUGAUCUUUGUUCUAUAUUAUUUCAAAUAAACCUUAAUAAAUCUCUUCAAUGUCGAUUUAAUAUUUCAAAUAUAUUUAUUGAUUUAUUAACCUAUAUUGAUUAUGAUACAGAUACAAUGAUGAAUUGGUUAUUAACACCUGAAACAGGAGAAAAAUUUCUAAUAUUUUUUCUUCGAUUAAUUAAAUAUUUGAUAUCAAAUCAACAUCUUGGUGGUCAACGAGUGUUUUCAUGUGCACAAUGUGAGACACCAUUAACAAAUCGUAAUGAAUUAGUUUCAACAAGAUUUACAGGUGCAACUGGUCGAGCAUUUCUAUUUAGUCAUGUUGUUAAUACAAAACAAAGUCCUGUACAAGAACGAAUGAUGUUAACUGGUCGACAUUUUGUUCGUGAUAUAAGUUGUAAAAAAUGUGAUGUUAAACUUGGUUGGAUGUAUGAAUUUGCUACAGAAGAAUCACAACGUUAUAAAGAAGGACGAGUGAUUUUAGAACGAGCAUUAAUUAAUGAAAGUGAUGGUUUUUAA